UAGAUUCUGUUUCUACUGUACUGUUUCUAGAAUUCUGCUCCUGCUUUCUAGGUGACGUUUUGGUGGUGGUGUCGUUUGAUUGUUUUGGACGCUGUUUUUGAAAAAUCUUAUAGUUUUAGGUAGUAAUUUAUUAUGGCAGGAGAAGUUGUGGUUGAUGCACUUCCUUACAUCGAUCAAGGUUAUGAUGAACCUGGAGUCCGUGAAGCUGCAUUAGCAAUGGUUGAGGAAGAAACCAGAAGGUAUCGUCCUACAAAAAACUAUCUAGAACAUCUUCCACCUCUCAACCUGAAUGCUUUUGAGACAGAAUUGUUGCGAAACGAGUUUGAGAGAAUGCAGCAACGCCUGCCCAUGGACACCUUAAGCAUGAAGAGGUACGAGCUACCACCUCCCCCGGCAGGCAAGAUGACUGACAUUGCUGCGUGGAAUGAGUGUGUAGAGAACUCCAUGGCUCAGCUGGAACACCAAGCUACGAGGAUUUGCAACUUAGAACUGAUGCUGGAGUAUGGCUGUGAGGCAUGGCGCUCUUACCUGGAGCUGCUGGUCAAGUGUGUAUCGUCAGCACAGAAACAGCUGCAGGGCCUAAGGAAGGAGAUCCAAGAGAUGAACUGGCAGCGGAAGAACAUGCAGAUGCAAGGAGGUGAGAAGCUGAAGAAGCUGGAAUCGAUGUGGGUGGGACUGGUCAGCAAAAACUAUGAGAUAGAACAAGCCUGCGUUCAGCUGGAGAAAGAAAUAGCAGAGUCCAAUGCCAAAAAAUAAUGCUGUAACUUCAACCUGCUGUUAUAUUGUAAAUAUUUUUAUAAAUGUGAAUAAACUGUGAUUUUUAUUUAAUA